AUGAUUCGCAACUUUUCCCUGCGUUCAUUGCUUCCUGUUGUGGCAGCGGCGGUUCUAACAGCUGUUAAAGUUGCUGACAGCCAGAAAGCUCCUGAAGACACAAAGACAUCCUCCGCUCCAUCUCCAGUUUAUCCAACUGUCAACUUUCAGGUCCUCAAUGUGGACCACGUGUUCUUGAGACAGGACAGCCCGGAGCCGUCGGGGAACGCCAGCCUGAAAACCCAGAGUUUUCUCAUCACGGGUUUAGGUGCCGGCCUCCUCCAGCCGGCUGUCAACGCUUCGUAUGGCCCUCUGGCUGUAGAUGCUUCCAUUUCUCCAGACCUGCUCCUCAGCGGUCGCAGGAUCCUGCCAGUCAUUUUGGGCCGCCAGGUUCGUUCCUCAUCUCCUGCUGUCAAGAUUCUCUUCCACAUGCCCUCAGAGGGUAACAUCACCGUUGGGCAAGACACGACGGGCUCGAGAGGAGAUGCUGGCAGGAAAAAUGGUGGCGCUAAGGCCAAGGACGGAGCUCACUGCGUGACGGCUUAUGCCUUCUGGGAGACGAGGGAAGUCCGCGGAGCUUGCCUGGUGCCUCCAGGUGGAUUCUGUGUGGCGCAGCUGAAGCCGGAGCCCACUUGGUUCAGUUCAGCCAGCCGAUCAGGAAGCUCUAGCAGGGAAGCGGAAAGAAACGAAGGAGUUAAGGGGCUUCAGGGGAACGUCGUGGAGGUCUACUUCCAGAGUCGGAGGGACCAGACAGGGCAGUGCACCCCACAGGACAGCCUGCAGCGGGUAGGAGUGGGGAGAGGAAGAGACUCUGGGGGAUCAGGGACGCCGAUGAGGCGGAUAGGAAGCGUGAGUCUGCUCAAAACUCCACCAGGGAACCCGACGUUCCUUCGGCUGAGGCUGGGAGGUGCUGUGGUGAUCCAGACUUCUUCGAAGCCCCUGAAGACCGCUGACGUGGCAACGUUUUAUGUCUUUCUGGCCAGUACGUCUACUUUGGAAGGUUUCACGAUCAGGGCGACGGUGAAGAUGGGCCUGUCGUUCAGCGCUGCCCGGCCCAGUGACUCAGCACUGUGGGACAUCUUGGUGGAGCCCGGCAGAGGAGCGACGCCCAACACGGUUUCUGUUGUCUGCAGCAGGAAGGUCGCAAUCACUGCAAAGAGGGGUCUUCUUGAGGUUUUACAGCUGGACUUCGUACCAAAUGAAGUUUCGGAGCAGGCCGAGAGUCACACCAUCUCCUGGCGUCUGGAGCUGCCCGGGAACGUCAAGGAUGUGGGCGUGAUGCGGAUCCACACCACCCAGAGGGACUACGUGGGGCUGGCGCCUCUGGUCAUGAACACGGACAUCUUGAACACCGCUGUGCUGACGGGCAAAAUGGUUUCGGUCCCGGUGAAAACUCUGGCUGUGGAGGCCAACGGCUCAGUCACCGACGUGACCAACUACACCAGCUGCAGGUCCGCAGAGGAGGAUGUGCUCAAGGUGUCAGAUCGCUGCGACUACGUGUACGUAAACGGCAAGGAGGCGCGAGGGAAAAGCAGGGUGACGCUCAACUUUACUUACGGCUUCCUGAGCGCCCAGCUGGAGAUGAGCGUGUGGAUGCCCCGCCUGCCCUUGUUCAUCGACGUGGCCGACCCCGAGCUCAGCCAGAUCAAAGGCUGGAGAGUUCCUGUUACUACCGGCAACAGGAGAUCUACGUGGGACAGCGAGGAAGAGGAGGAGAUGAGGAAGGGCCGGGGUUGCAUGUUGCAGUACCAGCACUCGUCACUGAGGGUGCUCACGCCCUUCGUAGCGCAGCCCGACGCCGAGGUGCCGCCCGACCCGCUGACCGGGGAGGAGCCUGUUGAGUUCUUCCUGGGUCCCGAUUGGAAGGAAGCAGUGGUGAGCUGCUGGGUUCAGUUCAGCGACGGUGCAGUCACUCCGCUGGACCUCUUCGACCGCAGCGUCUACUCCCUGACGGUGUCCACUCCAGACGAGAAGGUGGCCACGGUGCGCCGCACCCCGCAGUCCACGUUCGUGGUAGCGCAAGGCGAGGGCGAAGGCAAGGGGGCGCUGGUGAGGGUGGAGCUGAGGAUCUGUGAGGAAUGCCAGAAGUCUAAAAGGAAGAGCAAGCUGGCGGUGGGCACGGCGCUCCUCAAGAUCAACUUCCAGAGUCGCGGCAGAGUCGUAGCGCGAGAAGGCGGCGCCGACGGUAAAGACAGCGGUGCCUCGGAGUUGGUGGGUGAACUUAAAACAACAGUUACGUCCCAGGGCGGUGGGAAGGAUGUGAAUAAGCUGUUACUAAGGAGCACAGCGAGAGAGAGCGCUGUGGCAGAAACUACCACCUCAACCACGUUUUCAGCCAGAAACAUGCAGCCGCAUGUUGUGUGGAUCGGGAUGACAAGCAAACCUGCACGAGUCACCACCAAUCCUGUUGUUACCACGGCUUUUACUACGGCUAUGACCAAACCGAGUACAAAACUGAGCACUGCCGUACCUGUAGCAACAACGGCAGGUGUUUUCAGCAGAGGAGAAGGCCAGAGGAGAAGCUACGGGAACAUGCUCGACAUCCCUAAUUCACCUCUUAGCAAAGACAUUCCUAAAGCAGAAGUGACACCAAAGAAGGAGCCUCCCAAAUCUAAAAGUCCAAAAGUAAUCGAAAGCGACCUCAUUAAGACUUUCAGAGCCAUGUCGGACUUGGAAAUUGGCAUGUAUACGCUGGUGGGGGUCUCCUGUGUGGCUCUCUUAGCUUUCUUUAUCAACUGCGCUUCGUAUAAUCUCUGCUUCCGGAAGCAGAAGACCCCCAUACAGGCCGGCCCAAUCCCCAGCGCUGACCCAAAGGACCACAAGCACGACUGGGUGUGGCUGGGGGGCGGCAGUCGCAGCGCUCCUGCCCCCGGCGCCCCGGCUCAAGUGUCCACGCUGAAACGCGAGUCCCACCGCCCUCUGGAAUCCCGUCAUUCCAUCGAUUCGAUGGGCGCCCGCGGCCUGGAGAGCGCCCUGCCCACGGUGAGCGCCCCCGCCGUGCCGGAGAGGACCGCCACGCUGGGUCGCAGCAGAACCAGCUCCCAGCAGCAGCACUUCCAAUCAAAGGCGAUCGACCCGAUGGCGAACCGCUCGGCCACUUUGCUGGCGAGGCCGCACCGCAGCGAUCCGCUUCAUUCCCCCACCAGCAAGAGGAACCAGGUCCAGUUCACCACCUUCACCACGCUGGACAUCAAGCACUUGGCCGCGCUCAAGAAGAACGGCGUGGACUUGAACUGGGCCAACCAGCAGAAGCAGCAGCACGAAGCCCCCGCCGAGCCCCAGACACCUUUACCUGACAUGCCAUGGCCUGUCGUGACGCCUCUCGGAGAGCCCCAGUGA